AUGGCAGAAAUAGAUGAGGUCCGUUCAACACAAAAAUCCUUGGAGGAGAAGUUCGCGCCCUUGCAAGACUUGGUCACAAAGCAGAUGGAAGCACUCCAGGCUCAGAUCCAGGCAGCCGGCCCCAGCAAGGACACCAUCGCCAAGGUGGCAGAAGAGUUCCGCACAUUUAGGGAACUCAUCUUCGGUGUGCUGAAGCUCCUGCGAAGUCAGAUGUCCGAAUGCUCCAGACAAAUUGAUGAGCUUGCGACCAGGAGCCGUCGAAAGGCGCUGAUCAUCCAAGGCAUACCUGAAAAAGAGGGGGAGAAUAUUAUUGAUUCGGUGCUCGAGCUUGUCAAUGGAAGACUCGGCUGCAAACUCACCGCAACAUCUAUAAGGGCUUCACACAGGCUGGGGCAAGCUAGUGCUGACCAUCACCGGCCUAUUCUUGUUAGAUUUGCCAGUGUGGACAGCAAAUCUUCAGUGUGGCGGGCCAAAACUCGCCUAAAAGGAACCAAGAUUGCCAUCCGUGAAUUCCUGACGAGAGAAAGGCAAGGCAUCUUUGUGAAGGCGCGUCAGCACUUUGGGAUGCGGUCGGUCUGGACUCAGGACGGCGUCAUCGUCAUCAAGGCCUCUGAUGGGAGCAGGUGCAGGAUCACUACAAUGGGUGAGCUAAGUCCUCUGCUGGCUAAGUACCCAAAGACACAGGGCACUUCCUCAUCCGGGGCCAGGCGGGACGCGGACGAGGCUGGCGGAACCCUGAAAGUGACACGCAGAUAA